AAGACUCCUUUCUAUCCUUGAGAUCAAAGAGUGAACUAUGUAGAUCGGUCAAUAGCUUGGACACUUAAUAGCAGAUGCAAUUCCCAACUUCCUCCAUUAGAAAAUCCCUCCAAGUGCUUGUCCUUAAUGGUGUUGGUUCCACUACUGUCUGAAGCUUGAAGGCCUCACUGCAAAGGAAGCUGUUGUCUUCUGCGAUUGAAUCAAAAGUGACCUGUUGAGUCAAUUGUGCUUCUCAGAGGUUUAUUGAGAUGGGGGACCAAGGUUGUUCCAGAAGAGCAGAGUGAGAAGGAGAUGAACGGACGACGAGACUGUGCGGCAAAAGGACAACGAGACUGUGUGUCAACAAUUUGAGAAGGGCCAGGUUUUAUUAUAUUUUUUAGAGAUAGAACGUGGUAGACAUUCUGUAGAUGUGGGUAAUCUCCAACGCAACCGCAAGAGGGAGAUUGCGUCGACUCGUCCUAAUUCACGCAAAGGCAAAGGUAAAGCGCGGGCCGAGUCUUCUUUUCAAAGUCGAGAGAUUUUGAAACGGAUUACCAACGGAGAGAUGAUAUGAUGAUGUCCGACGAGCAUCUACAAAACCUAUUGUCCCAAAACGAUCCACGCUUUGCACAAGAACAACCCAUCCCGACAACCAUUGAUGAAGAGGAGCUCGAGGAUGACGAUGCGGAGGAGGACGCGGGGGGCGACGGGACUCACGGCACCCCGGAUGAUGAGUAAGACUUGGAGGACGAGGACGGUUCAACCCAAACUGGUAAGAAAUCUAAAUCUCCUAUUAUUGAAAACAAUUUUACAAAGAGGAAAGACAAAAAUACCGAAAAAUGGUACGCAAGUUGCAAUCAUUGCGGCAAAGAGUAUAGCUUGGGAACUUCUGGCGGAUACGGGAGUCUCACAAGGCAUCUUAAAUCCGCCCAUCUUGUGGAGUAUGCGAAAAUAGACAAGGGCAAGGGGAAGCAAACACAAAUAUCGAGGUUUGCAAAUUCUCAACCCUUUGGUAAUUUCUCCUAUGAUGAUCAAAAACAUUUGACUGGUAUGUCUCAUUUAAUUGUUGAAGAAAAUUUACCCUAUAUUUUUUCCGAAAGUCUUGCUUUAAGAGAUUAUGCUCAAGGCACUUUAAAUCCUCAAUUUAGAAAUUAUAGUCGCAAAACGAUUAAAAAAGAAGUUAUAAGGCAAUAUAACUUCGAAAAAGAAAAUUUACAAACAUUUUUCGCAAACUUUAAUGGACGUGUUAGUAUUUGUAGCGAUAUAUGGGAGGAUACUUAUCAUCAUUUAUAUUAUUUGGGUCUUACUGCACAUUAUAUUGAUGAUGAUUGGAAUAUGCAUAAACGUGUUCUUGCUUUUCGUGAAUUCAAUGAUCGUCAUACUGCUGAUAAUAUUUAUAUUCUCAUUGAGCGUAUUUUAAUUGAGUAUAAUUUGCUUGAUAAGGUGUUUGCUGUAGGUUUUGAUAAUGCUAGUAAUAAUACUGCUGCUAUACCUAGAUUGCGUGAAUUGUGUGGUGCUUCUACAUUGAUGGGUAGGUUUUUUCAUCAACGUUGUGCAUGUCAUAUUCUAAAUUUGUGUGUACAAGAUGGAUUAGCGGCAUUAGGAAAUGCUUUGGAGGUUGUGAAGGGGGGAAUUAAAUUGAUUUGGGCUAACACUCCACUAAAAAUGCAAUGGCGACAAUAUUUGAAGGAAAGACGUGUCAAUUAUUGUGCUUUUCCUAAAGAUUUGUCUAUUCGUUGGAAUAGUACUUAUAACUUAAUUCAAGUACUUAUUAGAUAUAAAGAACAUUUUCCUGCUUUUUUAAGACAAACUUGUAACUAUAUUAUAAACCCGGCUGACAUCGACACUUGUGAAAAAAUUGUUAAUGUUUUGGUAUAUUUUAAUAACGCAACUCAAACUUUUAGUCAUGUUUAUAAACCUACCGCAAACGAAUUUUUUGUUGAAGCUGUUAAUCUCGCCGGCGCAUUUUUAGAAUUUUC